GCCCCCUCGGUGUGCGUUACGCCGCCGCCGGCCGCUGCCCCCCAUUGCCCCCCCCGCGCUGAGUCAGCCGCCGCCGCCGGUCGCGGUGCGGGAGCGAGGCGAUGCCGCGGGUCUACAUCGGCCGCCUCAGCUACCAGGCCCGGGAGCGGGACGUGGAGCGCUUCUUCAAGGGCUACGGCAAGAUCCUCGAGGUGGAUCUCAAAAACGGGUAUGGCUUUGUUGAGUUUGACGAUCUGCGUGAUGCAGAUGAUGCUGUUUAUGAGCUAAAUGGUAAAGACCUUUGUGGGGAGCGAGUUAUCGUUGAACAUGCCAGGGGCCCCCGGCGUGACAGCAGUUAUGGUUCUGGACGCAGUGGAUAUGGUUAUAGAAGAAGCGGAAGAGAUAAGUACGGUCCUCCCACCCGUACAGAGUACAGAUUGAUCGUGGAAAAUCUGUCAAGCCGUUGCAGUUGGCAAGAUUUGAAGGAUUAUAUGCGUCAGGCAGGCGAAGUGACAUAUGCAGACGCACACAAAGGGAGAAAAAAUGAAGGUGUGAUUGAGUUCAAAUCCUAUUCGGAUAUGAAAAGAGCCCUUGAAAAGCUGGAUGGGACAGAAGUGAAUGGCAGAAAGAUUAGGUUAGUGGAAGACAGGCCUGGAUCCAGACGGCGCCGCUCCUAUUCCAGAAGCCGAAGCCAUUCGAGGUCUCGCUCUCGAAGCAGACACUCUCGUAAGAGCAGGAGCCGUAGUGGCAGUAGCAAAAGCAGCCAUUCCAAGAGUAGAUCAAGAUCCAGGUCUGGGUCCCGUUCCAGAAGCAAGAGCCGUAGCCGAAGCAAGAGCCGUAGCAGAGGCCAGAAGGACAAAAGCCGGAGUCCAAGCAAAGACGAUAAAAGUAGGAGCCGCAGCAGGAGUGCGGAGAAAACCCAGAGCAAAAGUAAAGACAAAGCAGAGGAUGCCGUCCAGAACAACGACGUCGCAAAAGCAAAGAGCAGGAGCCCCAGCAAGGAAAAGAGUAAGAGUAAAAGUAGGAGCAGGAGUGGGAGCAAGGAGAGAGUGGAGGAAGAGAAGGAGAGCGUGAGGAGGAGUAGGAGUAAGGAGAGGGAGAAGAGCAAGGCUAGGAGCAGGAGCAAGAGCAGAGAGGGAAGUAGGAGCAGGAGUCGUAGUAAGAGUAAGGACAAAAGGAAAGGCAGGAAGAGGAGUAGGGAUGACAGCAGAAGCAGAAGUAGAAGCAGGAGCCACAGCAAGAGUGAGAAAAGCAAAAGGCGCAGCAAGCGAGACAGCAGGUCUAGCAACAAGAAGAAAAAGAAGGAAGACCAAGAGCGGUCCCGGUCCCGGUCCAAGUCUAGGUCUAGAUCCAGGUCCAGAUCGGAGUCCAAGGAAAAGGAGCCGCUAAAACCAGAAUCUGACAAAAAGGAGGUAAAAAAUGAGGGUGAGGAAAUGGACAAAAGUCACGAAUCUCGGUCCAGAUCUAGGUCAAAUUCUAAAUCCAAACCAAAUGUCAAAUCAGAAUCUCGGUCCCGAUCAAAGUCAAUUCCAAAAACUAGGUCCCGGUCCAAGUCUAGAUCUAGGUCUGCCUCUAAAUCCCCAUCCCGAUCUAGAUCAAGAUCUCGUUCGAGGUCCUAAACUUGCUGCAACCACACUUGAAACUAUAUGAAAAGUCUUUUGUACAUGUUUGGUAGUUGUAG